AUGGAUGUCUGGUGCUUUGAAGAUGACAACAACCAUUCAAGUUCCUCCUCCGGGAGCCUUCCUCGGAAGCCAUUUGGUGGAUACUGGAGCUCUUUCUCUAGCUUGGAAGACAACUAUGUUGCUGGGAUUUCUCAUGAUGAAGCAGUUGAUCGAGUUGAAUUAGGUGAUACAAAUAUUCUGAACUCAUCUGCAGUGCAGAUUCAGGAGCAGAUUAACGAGCUCAAUAUGCUCAUGGACUCGAUGGAUUCAACCGGACAAGUCCCUGGUGAUAUUUUUCAACAAUCUCAAAUUGGGAGUAUUAAUCAAUCAAACUUGAUCUAUCAGUCGCAAUUUCAAAUUUCCAACGAACCAUCUCAUUUUUCGAGCAACAAGAGUUGUUAUUUUGAUUCAAGCUCUUCAAAUUAUAUGGUGACUGAUCAGUCCAUGUUGCCGACAUCAAUGGCGAAUCAACACUCUUUUUUAUUAUCUACAAUGGAAGACAUGGCACUCACAAGAGCUAUGGUAUCUGUCAUCUCUUCUUCUUCAACACCGUCAUCAUCAUCAUCUGCAACAACAUAUCAGAGGGCUCAAACAUCUCAAAAGCAGGCAAAUUAUUACCCAUCAAUGAGCUCCUUCCAACCUUACAGCUCUUCAAAGCCUCCAUUAAUGGAGAGUCAUAAGAAUUUUCAUAGUCAGAAUAUGAUAAAGAAGAGUCAUAAUAUGUUGAGAAAUGUUAACAUGUUGAAAGAUAAAGGGAAAGUGGAAGAAACACAACCAAGUGCUUAUCAAAUGCAACAUAUGGUAUCAGAGAGAAGGCGUCGGGAGAGAUUGAAUGCGAGCUUUCAUUCUCUUUGGCAAUUGCUUCCUCCUGUUUCCAAGAAAGACAAGACAUCAGUGCUCUGCAACACCGUAAGCUACAUAAAAACAUUGAAGGAUGAGAUCUACGAGCUGGAGGGGAACAACAGAACCGUUGAGGAAAAUAUCUUCACCAACACAGAAUUUAAUGAGAAAUCAAUGAAACAAAAUGAGAACGUGAGAGUUCGGAUCAGCAAAUCUUCUGAAACAUUAUCAGGAGAGAUUCAGCAGAUAGAGCUCGUGAUAAUGGUGAGAUCGGUUCAGUGUGAUUUGAUAAGAGUUCUUCUUCAAGUUCUAGAAAGCAUCAAAGCCAUGGAAGCCAUCAGCUUGCUGUCUUUUGAUGCCGUUCAUAACUCGCAGCAGCUGAAGCUUUUAGCCACUCUCAGACUUGCCAUCCAGGGCUCCACUUGGGACGAGAGAACUUUCAAGGAAGCCGUGGCCGGAGCGGCUCACAUGGCGCUGACAAUGACGGCUUAA